AUGCCGAAGGUGAAGGCGCUGCAGUGCGCUCUGGCGCUGGAGAUCCGCUCCGUAACUUGUCCAGGAGUGGUGCUGAAAGACAAGGAGGACAUCUAUCUUAGCAUCUGUGUGUUUGGCCAAUACAAAAAGACACAAUGUGUCCCAGCCAAUUUUCCACUGGUCUUCAAUGCCAGAAUGGUGUUUGAAAAGGUGUUCCCUGAAGCAGUAGACCCUGGAGAUGUGGUUGCACAGCUUGAAUAUCAAUUUCUAGGUGUUCAAAAUGGUUUGGUGCUGAUCUGGCUGCGCUUCAAGGAUGAGACAGGUUCAGGGUCUCCAUGCUGCUCCACCAUCUUAACUCGUUUCCCUGAUCUGAGACACAUUGCAGUUUCAUUACAGCUCCUGCUUUUCAAGCUCCUGGGAAUUAGUGCUUACCUGGUGUCUGGGGGAAUUGCUCCAAAGCUGGAAUUUUCUACGACCUCAGUGAUAACUGAAUGUCUGAUAAGCUCGAGGAAGUGCCGCACUCAGGAUAAAUUUAUUUACCAUACGGCUCCAGUUGAAAAAUCACACGGCAGACUGCAAAGCAGAACAUCAAGAUCACAGAAGAAAAAAUCCAAGUCACCUGAGAGAAAUAAAUAUUGCAUAAAUGCAAAAAACUACGAACAGCCUACAAUUUCUUCAAAAUCACACUCUCCAUCUCCCUACACAAAAAGACGCAUGUGUGAGCUAUCUGAAGACACCAGGCGGCGGCUGGCCCAUUUAAAUCUGGGACCCUAUGAAUUCAAAAAAGAAACAGAUAAACCUCCAUUUGUGAUUAGACAUGUCGACCCUCCAAGUCCCAGGGCUGAUGCUUUAUUUGGUUCUUCGGGCAGAGACUGUGAAAGAGAUGGAUGGUCCAGGAUGCACAAUGAUCUUUCUCAUCUUGGUUGCUACCGACCCAAGGAUUAUAAGGUUAUCAGGACACCCCAUGGGAGAGACUACGAUGACUCCUUGGAAAGGUGUGAUGAGUAUUUAAGCUCAAGGUCAUGUAGCAAGCCCCAGAAUUCAGCAAGGACCCUACUAGUCCAUUCAGCACCCUCAACAAUGCCGAAGCAUUCUCCAAGUCCUGUGCUUAAUCGAGCUUCUCUCAGGGAAAGAUUCCAUUCUGAUUGGUGUUCACCUUCAAACUGUGAUGAGAUCCAUGACCGGGAUGAGAGAGACCCCGAGAAAGAAGAUGAACUGGAGCUGAAAAGAGGUCUUUUAUACAGAGACUCUGCCUAUGACAGUGACCCAGAGUAUAGCUCAUUUCAGCGGCCACAUGACACUCUCCAUUUGGAUGACGGUGAAUACUGGUCCAACAGGGCAGCGUCUUAUAAAGGAAAAUCCCACCGACCCCUCUUUGAGAACAGCAUGGACAAGAUAUACAGGAACUUAUACAAAAAGGCCUGUAGUUCUGUUUCUCACACCCAGGAAAGCUUCUGA